CACAUCGUGGCGAUCGUAGAAGGCAUGGUCGCAAGAUCUUCAAUUAAGUCAAUCAACUGGUUGCUGGGCAACGAUUUUGUGCUUUCAGUUUUCACCCUGUUAAUUCUUCCUCCGAGGUCAAUUUUGGAUCCUCUCAUUAGUAGAGGAAAAGUUUUCACUGUUUCACGAUGAUUCGCCUGAUUCCACGAUGUGGAAUUCCUCUUCGGAAAGCCGCUUUCUCUAUCGAUGGAUGCGAGGCUCGUCGGCGACUGUCAAAGCUGACCAGUCCUUUGGAAGUUAAACGGCAAGAGUCCUUGCAGCUAACCAAAACAGGAGCAUUGUCUGCGACAAUGGCUCAGCCCCAGCCGGCUCCGUCCUUACAAGGAAACCCCAUCACCCGUUCAGAAUCUCUUCGAUUAUUGGACUCGACCAGCGCUGAUAUUUCGGACACCUUCGACACUCCGGAGACGAAGAUCCUCCAGGAAGUGAGCGUCGACAAAUCCCCGUUGCCUUUCGAAGAAAUCCCGGGCCCGGCGAUCCUGAAAUUCUGGGAGAAAUAUUGGAAAUACGUGCCGCUCCUGGGUACGCAACUGUUUUGCAGUCUGCUAAUCAACAGUUUUACUCAGGGUCAAUUGCAUUGGAACCGAAACGUGACGCCGAUGAGGUACCUGUUCAAUCAUUAUGGUCCGGUCGUCAGGAUCAAUGGCCCGAUGAUAGGAGACGUCGUGAUGAUCCACAGGCCUGAACACAUCGCCGAAGUGUUCAAACAGGAAGGACAAUCGCCUCUUCGAAGUGGGGUGGACAUCCUGCAGCACUAUCGGCUCCACCACAGGAAGUACAGAUUCCCUGGACCAUUCAACAUGGCAGGAGCGGAAUGGCUGGAGACCAAGGCGAAGAUAGAGAAGCCAUUGGGGGAGCAACUUUCCUCGCAUUUCGGCAAACUCGAGAUGGUCUGCGACGAGCUGGCUCAAAGGAUCCGCAGGAUACGCAAUAGGCAGGACGAGGUACAUGCGACCUUCAUCCAAGACCUCACUCGAUGGGGAAUGGAGUGCUUCUCUACUCUGAUGUUCAACAAGCGACUCGGUUUCCUCGAGCCCGCCGGUUUUAAUUCAUCCUCGGAGUCUGCAAGGAUCGUCGAAGCUUUGGGUGCAGCUCACGUGUAUUUGGCUCGCUGUGAAACGGGCUUCCAGGUGUGGAGAUUCGUCGAGACCCCAUACUCAAGAAGGCUCUUCCAAGCGUGCGACGUCAUCGAUGGUGUGCUUGGGAAAUACAUACGCCAAGCUCAGCGCAAGCUUCGAAUCCUAGCAAGUGGGGUACAGGAAGAAAAGGUCGAAGAAGAGGGCUCUCCGAUCCUGGAGAAAUUAAUCCUGGACCUGCACGUGCAUCCUGACGACGUCUCGACGCUGCUGAUGGACAUGAUCAUCCUUGGAGUUCAAGCGACCGCGAACUGCCAAGCAUUCCUCCUGUAUUUCCUCGCGAAGAAUCCUAGAGCUCAAAGGACGCUUUAUGAGGAGAUCUGUGGCAUCAUGCCCACCCGAGGGUCAGCGUUAAGUGAGCAAGCCCUGAAGAAGCUGCCUUACCUGGAAGCUUGCUUGAAAGAGAGCCUCAGAUUGCGACCAUUAUUCCCGUACCUCACCAGGAUUCUUCAGAAGACAAUAACGCUGCACGGCUACACAAUCCCAAAAGGAACUUACUUAAUAAUGGCCAAUGAAAUCUCGGCAAGUCGGGAGGAGAACUUCGAGGACCCGGAGAAAUUCAAACCGGAGAGGUGGCUAAGUGACAACACUCAGGACAACUUCAAUCAGAAAUUCGGUUGCCUUCCUUUCGGCCAUGGGCCUCGAUCUUGCCUGGGGAAAAAUAUGGCGGAGACAGAAAUAAUGCUUCUCACGACUAAGCUCGUUCGAGAAUUCAGAAUCGAAUACGACUAUGCAGACAUCGGAAGCAAUUAUUUGAUGGUGAGCGUACCUGAUAGGCCCCUUCGCUUCAGGUUCGUCGAUAGGGAUUAAAUCCUCCUUUCGAGAUCCUCGGGUAGCAAAGUACCGACUAGUCAAGGGAUUGGUCACCAGCAAUUGUUACUUGAAGCCAGCGCUCUUCCACGGGGCAAAUAUCAAUUUGAAAGUAAUACGUGCUGAAGAGGCUCUGUACAGAAAUAUCAGUAUACCGAGAAAGAAAUCCGCACACCCCCUUGCGUUUCUAAUUAAUAUUUAUUAUUGUAUUACGAUAAGUGUGUUUCCCCGUUUUCUCUCUCGAAUAAAAUGUAACGACUUAAUUGUCAA